CCGUAUAUAGCAUACAUAAGGCACAAUUGACCCACUUAGAGCCUCUCUAAAUUUCCCCCUAACGGCAUAACGAAUUAUCCUCUUCAUCCCGCGCCAAGCUUAGGUGAGGAAAUGGUGUGAUUGGUCAAUCAACGCGGUUUGGACGAUAAAAUCGAGGAGUUUUAAGAGUUUGAGAAGGAAAGAGCAAGUGGGGCAGACGCGUUGGCAGGCGAGACAGGCAAGACAGGCCGAUAGACGAUAAUCACGCGAUGGUGAGAAAGGCUAAGUUGGGAUUAGCGAAAUGAUGAUAAGGAGGAGUGACCUGGGCAACCGGUGGAGAUUGCCCGGGUAACUUAGCAGACUCGGGCAGAUGCCGUACGCACGACCCAUCGUAGUUCCCUGUUACUGUUUGCUUUCGAGCGGUGAUAAGAAUUUCUAGACCUUUCUUUCGUUUCGACCUUUUUUCUCACUAAAAUCUAAACGGCCUAAUCCCAAACUAUAACAACCACGCCCAUCAUCAAGAAACAACCAAACAUCUCCACGAAUACACUCAAUCCAUCAUCACCUUUAUUUUCCACAAUGUCUACUGCUUUUGUCCAACGCCAGGCUCCGGCCUUCACUGCCACCACCGUCUUCCCCGGUGGUGAGUUCAAGGACAUCUCCUUGACCGACUAUCUGGGUCAAUGGGUCGUCCUUCUUUUCUACCCCAUGGACUUCACCUUCGUCUGCCCGACCGAGAUCAUCCAGUACAACGACUCCCUACCUCGCUUCCGCGCCAUCAACACCGCCGUCCUAGGCGUCUCGACCGACUCCCACUUCACCCAUCUAGCCUGGACUGAGAAGCCCCGCAAGCAAGGCGGCUUGGGUUCCGACCUACAGCUCCCCCUCAUCGCUGACAAGUCCCACAAGAUCUCUCGCAGCUACGGCGUCCUGAUCGAGGACGAAGGUGUCGCCCUACGUGGCCUCUUCAUCAUCGACCCUAAGGGUGUCCUCCGCCAGAUCACCGUCAACGACCUACCGGUCGGUCGCGACGUCGAGGAGACGAUCCGUCUCGUCCAAGCAUUCCAGUUCACCGACGAACACGGCGAGGUCUGCCCCGCCGGAUGGCAGAACGGCAGCAAGGGAAUGAAGGCCGACCCCAAGGGAAGCCUGGAAUAUUUCUCUACUACGGGUGAGAACGGCAACGGUAAUGGCGGUAUUGCUGUACGUUAGGUUUCUGAGGUUUCUGAAUGAGUGAGUGCUUGGAAUCGGGGCUACGGCCUUGCCUUAAUAUUAUUAGACGCGGAGAAUGACAAAAAUGCUAUUCGUUAUGGGAUGUUUUACGAAUUGAUACGAUCUUUUCUACCUGGGAAUAUGAUGUGCC